GAUAAAAAGGGUGAACUGUAAUGUCUGUGUUAAUGUCUUGCUCAAAUAAGACACACAAUAAACAUGCCACUCUAAACAUGUGCCCCCUGUUAUUAAUCCCCAGGAUUUUGCAUCCCCUCCUCUCACCACAUCCGUGAAUUCCACUAUGUCAACUUGAAAAUGAACUGGACAAAUGCUCAAAAUUACUGUAGAGAGAAAUACACCGACCUGGCUUCCAUUGAAAGCACAAACCAUAUAAAAAGACUGACCACCCCUUAUUUGGACACUGAAAUUGCAUGGAUUGGACUGAGGGAUGACCCAGAUGCCUGGAAAAGCAACAUGGGCAACAGUAUCAACUCCUGGAGAUGGUCAGUGACUCGUGAACCAAGCACAACUGGGUACCAAAACUGGGUUUUCGCCAACCCAAAUAAUCUCUUCAGUGCAGAAUACUGUGUGAUCAUGGAUAUCGCUGGAGCAUGGCUUGAUACACGUUGUGGAUUUCUGAAAUUUUUUGUGUGUUACAACGAGACAGCGGAAAGCGAGAAAACCUACGUGCUUAUCAGGUAUCUCCGAACAUGGAACGAUGCUCAGACGUACUGCAGACAACACUACAAAGACUUGCCAAUAAUCGAGAGCGCUGAAGACAACGCAAAUGUCCAAGCUGUAAAACCACUUGUUGAUGCAUGGAUUGGUCUGUACCGAGAGGCCUGGACUUGGUCCAAUAACCAGUCCAGCUCAUUCAGAAACUGGCAAUUUAGAGAGCCAGAUAACGCCUUUUUAAACGAGUACUGUGUGGCUGAGGAUUAUCAACAUAAUUGGCGUGACACUGACUGCCAGAGGAAGAUUGCUUUCAUCUGCCAUAAAGACCCAGUAGUGGACAUGACUGUGGUGGGAAUGAAGAUUGAGACCGACGCUGACAUGACAGAUCCAGCUAUUAACAACCAGAUCCUCCAACACCUAACUCAAGUUCUACGUAAGAGUAAAAUUGUACCACGUAAGGAACCAGUUGACAUCAAGCUGCGAUGGAAGAUGGAGCCCAGAAAGCAGAAGGUUAACGAACUCAAGACACCUUUGGGCACAUUUCACAUGUGAAAUGUAACCCCUCAACGCUGAUUGUUGUGAAUUCACAUCAUACCACUUGCAUUCAGACUGCAGCCGAGAUAGCAUAUCCAUUCCCCCAAUGCCAGUUUGUGCAUAUUCACUACGGAACCUUUUGCAAGCACUGGUUUGUCAUAGGACCGGUCGUGCA